AGUUACCGUUCAUCCCUUUUAGACUCAUAAAAUAUAAAGCUCAAUAUUGCUCAUAUAGUGUAUAUUUGUAUAUGUAAAGUCUAGACCACAACAUAUGGACGAUUGACGCCUAAUUUAGAUAAAUUUCAUACAUUAUGAUGAAUGAAAACUUGAAAGGAAGGUCAUUUACAGCCUAUGAUAAUUGCUAAGAGACUAAGUCAAUUUACACAAACACAACAAUUCAUUAACCCAUACCAUUGUCAUAAUUUUUUGUUAGGUGAAUACUUCUAUACUAAUCGUAAGAUAAUUGUCUUAGUUGCAUGUAUUUUUGUUAAGGGUCAACUAUAACUACGUGUUGAUUGUUAUGUUUUAUUCAUUAUAUAAAUUGCGAAUUGUUGCAUUAACCAAAAAAUUUUCAUCGUCAAUGAUAAUGUGAUUUUAUAUUGGUUAAUCUGGUUAACCAAUUAACCAAACUGAUUAAACUUUAGUUUGGUUAAUUUGGUUGUUGUAUUAGUUUGGACGGUUUGGUUAUGAUAUUGUAUUCCAUGGUUAAUGGAAUUUAGCCUUAUUUGGUUUGGUUAUAACCAUGGUAACCAUUUGCAUACCCCUAAGCGUUUAGCUAAUUUCAAAAAAAAAAAAAAACCAGACAUAUCCUCCACCACACAAUCCUUAUCUUCUUCCUUCUGUCUCUUACACAAUCUUAUAUCCUUCCACUUUUUCAAACCCAUCAGCCACCACACAAAUCUAAAUACCUUAUCUCCUUCCUUCUCUCACCUUCCUUCCGAUUCCAACAAUCUUAUCUUCCUUCCACCAGCCUCCAAUUCACAGAUUUGGCAGGGGUCGUGCCGUCGCGGGGGAGGGAGAUGGAGGACUGGGCGACUGGCGGUGGUUGAUGAUUGAGCUGCGGGGGGUUGCUGGAACCAACGGGGGAGGGAGAUGGCGAACUUGCGAGUUGGCGGCCAGCGAGGGAGGGAGAUGACGGACUGGCGAGCUGGCGGCCGACGUGGGAGGUGGUUGCUGUUGCCGGCGGUCACAGGGUUGGAUCCCGGGAAGGUCACAGGGGAUCGUGCAGGGUUGUCGGGGUGUCGCGCGGGGUCGCGUGGGUCGAUGGUUUGGCCCUCUGGAUUGGAUGGUGGAGACGGCGGGGGGUGGUUGGUGGUGGUGACUGGUGAGGGAAGGGAGGGGUCGAGGUCGACGAAGGAGAAGGAGAAUAGGGUUUGGGGUGGGCUGGGGUAGUUUCUUUAGAGUAAAUACUUGGUCGUUUAGGGUAGGACGACAUCGUUUGGGCACGGGUUUUCAACUGUCGGUUAGCCCCAGUUAGCCGAUUUCGGUUGCUCGGCCAGCCGACGCUCCUACCAGCCGCUCCGACCACCGACCGAGGCUUUAUACAGCCGGUUUUUGGUUAGCCGUUAACUGGUGGUUAACGGUCUAACCAACCGGUUAGCCGCUAACGGACAACCGAAAUGCCACCCCUAUGAUUAGGGGUGGAUAAUGAUUUGGUUCAUAUUGAAUUGAAUUUGACAUAAUGAUAUUUGGAUCGAACCGAAUCAAAUUAUUGAGUUUUCUAUUUUAUUUGGUUCUUGAAUUUGGUUAGUUUUUGGUUUUGGUUUUGUGUGAAUCAACACCAUGAAUUAAACCUAACAAAUGGAUCAAACCGCAAAAAAUUAUUCGUCUAUUGUAUUUCCAUUGCAAGAAAGGCAACUAGAUAAGUCGACUUGGGUGAGUUCUAAACCCUAAAGGCCUCCACAUCGUAAACGUAGAAAACUUGACCUCUUAAAGCUUUGGUUUCAUUUUAACUCUUCUAUUGUUGCUCCUCUCUUAGUACGUCGUGUCACCGCGCUAUUCCACCACAAGGUUUGAGAACAAUUGAAAGUUGCUCGACCGAAGGUCUUCCUAUGUCACAGUCGUCCAGAGUUCUCCCUGACUUUUCCCUCAAGUUGUAUACCUUCAUCAUCAUAUAAACCUUUUGCUUGAAGAUUUUGUAGUCGUCCUUUUUCUAAUCAAAACCAAACCCAACCAGUCGAAUUUCUAUGAAGUUAUCGGGACUAUGUGCCUUUUCCUCUAAAUCGAAUCCCCCAUCCAAAUGACCCCAAGAGGAAAUUGUAUUGGCGGGAAAAGAAGUGCCCUGAAAGCAGUAUGCUAAUUCAUUCGUUUGACAUUAGCAGUGAGACUUCCGAAAGAGUUGAGGUGCAUUUUCCUGAGGAGGUAGCAAAUGAUGAUGAUGGUUGGUCGCCAAUUGAGUGACAUUUUUUAUGUUACCUCAACCAGAAAUUCAUAGUAGCUCUCCUUUCUUUCUCUGAUCCUUGUGGCACGACCAUGUCUCACGAGAUAUGUAUGUUGUUGGAACAUUGGGCGCAUGAAUCUUGGAUCAAGUUAUUUUUCAUUAUGGAGCAUCCUGCAAUGCACAGAUUCAGAACCACCGAAUCAUCAUCGAGGAAUUUGAGAUUCUUUUUCACGGGCUAGACUAAGGAUGAACGUUGUAAAAAACACGUCAUCGUUUUUUUUUUAUCUUGAAACGCAAGAACUUAAAGAUUUUGAGUUUGAAGGACAGAGACAACGGUCAUGUCAUAAAUAUGUAACUUCUCAAGUUUCUUUAAGAUGAUUAUUACUUGUAAAUUGGAAGUUUAUUUGUAUAUUUUUUUCUCUUUUUUCUUAAUUAAUUGGAGAUUUCUUA